AUGGGGGACAACUGGGGUAUGGGAGACAACUGGGGAUUCCGAAAGAUCAGCCUGGAUGAUCUGCGUAAGGCCUACAUCGUCAAGGAUGUGCAACAGUACAUCCUCCACCGCCUGGACCAGGAGGAAGCCCUGAGGCAACACCUCACCAAGGAGACGGCGGAGAUGCUCAACCAACUCCACAUUAAGAGCAGCGGAUGCUUCCUGUACCUGGAGCGAGUACUGGACGGCGUGGUGGAGAACUUCAUCAUGUUGCGCGAGAUCCGUGACAUCCCCGGCACGCUCAAUGGCCUCUACCUUUGGCUCUGCCAGAGACUUUUUGUCAGGAAACAGUUUGCCAAAGUCCAGCCCAUCCUAAACGUCAUCUUGGCCACUUGCAGGCCCCUCAAGGUCAAGGAACUGUACCACGCAGUUUGGACCAAAAACAUGACACUGACAAUGGAGGAGUUUCAAAAAAAGAUGGACAUUCUCUCCAAGUUGUUGGUGGAUGGUUUUGGAAGUACUAAAAUCCUUUUCCACUACAGUUUUGCAGAGUGGCUUCUGGAUGUGAAGCAUUGCACACAAAAGUACCUGUGCAACGCCGCAGAGGGACACAGAAUGUUGGCUAUGAGUUCCACCUGCCGAGCAAAGCAGCUUAAACCACAUGAAGUGCAGGAGUUUGCACUUCACCUUAUCAACUCCAAUUUGCAGAUGGAGCCGUCAAAUCUGGCUCUUUGGAUGGUCUGGAAUGGGACACCGGCAAAAGACUCUUUGACCACUUCGAUACCAAGACAGCAGGAGGUCUUGCAACUUCUGGUGAAAGCUGGAGCUCACAUCAACAAUGAAGAUGACCACUCCUCGUGUAUCAUGCAACAAGCUCUGGAGAGAGAAGACUCAAUACGGACAUUACUCGACAACGGGGCCUCUGUGAACCAGUGCGACUCCAGCAGUAGAACUCUUCUCUCCAACGCAGCCUAUAGCGGCAAUCUCGACGUCGUCAACUUACUCAUCUCUCGAGGAGCAAACAUGGAGCUGGAGGACAACCACGGACAGACCGCACUUACCCUCGCCGCCCGACAGGGCCACACCAAGGUGGUCAACUGUCUCAUUGGCUGCGAGGCCAACAUAAACCACACGGAUCACGAUGGGUGGACGGCACUACGAUCAGCAGCCUGGGGAGGACACUCAGAGGUUGUUUCUGCUCUGCUUUACGCUGGCGCCAAAGUGGACUGUGCCGAUGCCGACGGCAGGACGGCCUUGAGAGCCGCGGCUUGGGGAGGUCACGAAGACAUCGUGUUGAACCUUCUUCAACACGGGGCCGAGGUCAACAAGGCCGACAAUGAAGGAAGAACCGCUCUUAUUGCCGCUGCUUACAUGGGACACAGAGAGAUAGUGGAGCAUCUCUUGGACCACGGGGCGGAGGUCAAUCAUGAAGAUGUGGACGGUAGGACCGCCCUCUCAGUCGCAGCUCUCUGUGUCCCCGCUAGCAAAGGCCACGCCUCUGUUGUUAGCCUUCUCAUUGACAGGGGAGCCGAGGUAGACCACUGUGACAAAGACUGCAUGACCCCCCUCCUCGUGGCCGGCUACGAAGGACACGUCGAUGUAGUUGAUCUACUUCUGGAAGGUGGAGCCGACGUGGAUCACACGGACAACAACGGACGCACCCCCCUCCUUGCAGCGGCGUCGAUGGGCCACGCAUCCGUCGUGAACACGUUGCUGUUUUGGGGUGCUGCUGUCGACAGCAUUGACAGCGAGGGACGGACAGUGCUGAGCAUUGCCUCUGCUCAGGGUAACGUGGAGGUGGUCAGAACUCUGCUGGACAGAGGUCUGGAUGAGAACCACCGAGACGACGCAGGCUGGACUCCGCUGCACAUGGCGUCAUUCGAAGGCCACCGCCAAGUGUGUGAAGCCCUCAUUGAACAAGGUGCCCGUUGCGUGGAGGUGGACAAUGAUGGCAGAAUACAGCUGAUACUUGCUGCACAAGAGGGACAUUAUGACUGCGUGCAAAUUCUCCUGGACAACAAGUCGUGCAUUGACCAGCGUGGAUACGACGGCAGGAACGCUCUCAGGGUGGCUGCGCUGGAAGGCCACAGGGACAUUGUUGAACUGCUGCUGAGCCACGGUGCGGACAUAGACUACAAAGACGCAGACGGACGCCCGACGCUUUACAUAUUGGCACUUGAAAACCAGCUGGCGAUGGCAGAGUAUUUCCUGGAAAAUGGAGCAAACGUGGAAGCCUGCGACACUGAGGGAAGAACCGCCCUCCACGUGUCCUGCUGGCAAGGGCAUGUUGAAAUGGUGAGGCUGCUGAUCAACUACCAUGCUGACGUGAAUUCUAGCGACAAUGAGAAGCGCUCUGCCCUCCAGUCUGCGGCCUGGCAAGGCCACACCAAAGUUGUGCAGUUUUUGAUUGACAACGGCACACGUGUGGACCACACGUGCAACCAGGGAGCGACGGCCUUGGGCAUCGCAGCCCAAGAGGGUCACAUUGACGUUGUGCAAAUACUCCUUGAAAACGGUGCUGACCCAAACCACGCUGACCAGUUUGGACGUACGGCUAUGAGAGUGGCGGCAAAAGGCGGCCACUCCACGAUUAUCAAACUUUUGGAAAAGUAUGGAGCGUCAACUCUAAACGGCAGCAAUCCAUCUCCAGUGCACACCAUGGAUGACAAAAUGUCUGUGACCGUUAAAAUGCAGUCCCUCACCAUCAAAUCAAGCAGUUCUGGCAGCACCGGUGCAGGAGAUCUGCAGUCAACUGGACGUGGUCUACCCAAUGGACCUGUCCAUGCGUUCAGUUCCCCAUCGGAAUCCCCCGAUUCCACCAUAGACAGACAGAAAUCCUCGCUGUCAAAUAAUUCGCUCAAGAGCUCAAAAAACUCUUCCCUGAGAACCACCUCGUCCACAGCCACGGCUCAGACCGUGCCCAUCGACAGCUUCCACGCUUUGACAUUCACGGAACAAAUCCAACAACACUCGCUGCCUCGCACCCGCAGCAGACAGUCCAUCGUCUCCCCGUCCUCCACCACAAAAUCCAGCCAGCAGCCUCCAUCGCCAUCCAGUGACUUUGACUGGUCGCUGCUGAAACCCGGUCUCAAGUCCACAAAGGGAACCAAGAUCGGAAAUGGAACGUUCAACAGCGAAAAAACACCGGCGGACAAGAAAAAAACAAAGAAUGGCGGCUCCGACCAAGGUCAGGUUCUUGAGUACGAGAUGACCCAGUUUGACCAAAGGGUGGCUCUCAAUAAAUCAGUGGCCAACAUUGCCGUGAAGGAUCCUAAUUGCAAGAUCUUUAUUGGCGGAUCCAUCCAGCAGCAGGAUCAGGGACACAACCACGACCAGCUCUUCAUCCAGCAGCAGGAUCAGGGACACAACCACGACCAGCUCUUCAUCCAGCAGCAGAGCUUGGCUGAGAAGAAGAGGAACGGCAUCAUGACCAACCCCAACUAUCAUCUACAAGGUAAUCAGGUGUUCCUGGGCAGGGUGUCGGUUCCCCGAACGGCGCAGAACAGGGGCCACCAGGACGUCCUGGAGAGCUACCCUGUGGGUGAAACGGAGCUAAGCCUGAAACAAGCCCUCAAACUGCAGCUAGAAGGAUCCGAUCCCGGGUUCAACUACAAAAAAGAGACUCCGCUAUAGUCUGUUGUUGUCGCGAGGACAGAGACUGAACUGCACUCGGCGCAACCAUCUUGGAUCUAAUCAGACUUGCAUGACGAAAUGGAAGCAAAGGCUGCUUCCUCCCUGGGAAACACAAAGUCUGCAUCUUCCCGUGCCGUCUCCGAUAUCUUGAACGGGGAACGUGCCAGAAGAACAGUUUUCCCGUCUCCACAAGUCCAGUUGUGUGAGCUGAUAUGCAACGUGCCUACAUCUACAUCUACAUCUACAUCUACAUCUGUUACAGCCUAAUUUAAUAUCAUGCUAUUUAAUUCAAGGGAUGCACUUUUCUUUUAGUCACGCUUUAGCAAAUCUUCUUCACACUAGAGACCAAUCAGAGGAGGGGAGUAAGUGAUAGGCCACGCCCCAAAUAUUCCCCAGCAGCUUUGUUAAGAAGUCCACCUUUCAGAUGAGAGCAUAUUUAUUUUGGGAAAAAAGCCACUUUUUUGUUGCAUUACUCUCGACCUUGGUGCAUUACUCUCGACCUUGGUGCUGCCUUCCAUUUUUACCUGGAUGCUCACAAAAGGAAAAAAACUACAUUUUGUCCCCAUGGGAUUGUUUUGUUCUUAUUUGUGUGUUUAUAUUUUCUGUGAGUGCUUAAGAAUAUUUAAAUUGAUCCAUUGUGGGGUUUUAUUUUUGGUGCUAAAAGUGUCAAGUGGUCUGCGGGGGGAGGAACUAAAUGUCACUUUUCUCUCAUGCUCAUGCAUUUGUGGGCGGCGGCUUAGACAAGGUGAGGAGUGGCAAUUAAAGCCAAAAUUGGAACAACACACACGUAUAGAUCAGUAUGUAGAGAAGUAUGAGUACCUACAAUAUGUGG